GGGUCCGAAGAGCCCCAGAAGGCAUGGAGUAUUCUGAGGCCUGGCCCUCUCCCUGCCGGCAGGGGGAGUCCCGAGAUGGACGGUCCAGAAUCCCUCCCACGAAAGGCGUUUGCAGGGCCGCUGAACCACUUUUGUACAUCCCGGGGCUGAGUAAGAGCUGAGGUAAUUAGACGCGAACGACAGCUGCCUCGGCACCUUGGGCGCCUGGCGCGGGGCUGGGAGCCCGACGGUCCGAAUUCUCGCGAGAGCGGCCGCCGCCAUUUUUCCAUUGAUUGCAGCGGGCUGGGGGAGGGGCCGACGACGAAGGCGACGGCGGCGGCGGCGGCUGCGGCGGCAGCGGCGGAGCAGCCGUGGGUCGGUGUCUGCGCGCUUGUGUCUGAGGCCCAGUCUGAGGCCUCCGCGGUUGCCGGAACGCAGACGGUGGAGAGGAUGACUGCCGCUGCCAUUCUCUCCUGAGUUAGAAAGCCGCCACCACCCUGCCCCCUCCCCCGGCCGGGCAGAGAGGAGCGGCCGGAGUCUGAGCCAUGGUGCCCGGCGAGGAGAACCAACUGGUCCCGAAAGAGGAUGUGUUUUGGAGAUGCAGACAAAAUAUCUUUGAUGAAAUGAAGAAGAAAUUUUUACAGAUAGAAAAUGCUGCUGAAGAACCUAGAGUUUUAUGUAUAAUACAAGAUACUACUAAUUCAAAGACAGUGAAUGAACGGAUCACUUUAAAUUUGCCAGCUUCUACUCCACUCAGGAAGCUCUUUGAAGAUGUGGCCAACAAAGUAGGCUACAUAAAUGGAACCUUUGAUUUAGUGUGGGGAAAUGGAAUCAAUACUGCUGAUAUGGCUCCACUGGACCAUACCAGUGACAAGUCUCUUCUUGAUGCUAAUUUUGAGCCAGGAAAGAAGAACUUUCUGCAUUUGACAGAUAAAGAUGGUGAACAGCCUCAAAUACUGCUGGAGGAUUCCAGUGCCGGGGAUGAUAGUGUCCAUGACCGAUUUAUAGGUCCACUUCCAAGAGAAGGUUCUGUGGGCUCUACCAGUGAUUAUGUCAGCCAAAACUACUCCUAUUCAUCUAUCUUGAAUAAAUCAGAAACUGGAUAUGUGGGAUUAGUAAACCAAGCAAUGACUUGCUACUUGAACAGCCUUUUGCAGACACUUUUUAUGACUCCUGAAUUUAGGAAUGCAUUAUAUAAAUGGGAAUUUGAAGAAUCUGAAGAAGAUCCAGUGACAAGUAUCCCAUAUCAACUUCAGAGGCUUUUUGUUUUGUUACAAACCAGCAAAAAGAGAGCAAUUGAAACCACAGACGUUACAAGGAGCUUUGGAUGGGAUAGUAGUGAGGCUUGGCAGCAGCAUGAUGUACAAGAACUGUGCAGAGUCAUGUUUGAUGCUUUGGAACAGAAAUGGAAACAAACAGAGCAGGCUGAUCUUAUAAAUGAACUAUAUCAAGGCAAGCUGAAGGACUACGUGAGAUGUCUGGAAUGUGGUUAUGAGGGCUGGAGAAUCGACACAUAUCUUGAUAUUCCAUUGGUCAUCCGGCCUUAUGGGUCCAGUCAAGCAUUUGCUAGUGUGGAAGAAGCAUUGCAUGCAUUUAUUCAGCCAGAGAUCCUGGAUGGCCCAAAUCAAUAUUUUUGUGAACGUUGUAAGAAGAAGUGUGAUGCACGAAAGGGUCUUCGGUUUUUGCAUUUCCCUUACCUGCUGACCUUACAGUUGAAAAGGUUUGAUUUUGAUUAUACAACGAUGCACAGGAUUAAGUUGAAUGAUCGGAUGACGUUUCCUGAGGAGCUAGAUAUGAGUACAUUUAUUGAUGUUGAAGAUGAGAAAUCCCCUCAGACCGAAAGUUGCACUGACAGUGGGGCAGAAAAUGAAGGCAGUUGUCACAGCGAUCAGAUGAGCAAUGAUUUUUCGAAUGAUGAUGGUGUUGAUGAAGGGAUCUGCCUUGAAAGUAAUAGUGGAACUGAAAAAAUUUCAAAACCUGGACUUGAAAAGAAUUCCUUGAUCUAUGAGCUCUUCUCCGUUAUGGUUCAUUCAGGGAGUGCUGCUGGUGGUCAUUAUUAUGCUUGUAUAAAGUCAUUCAGUGAUGAACAGUGGUACAGCUUCAAUGAUCAACAUGUCAGCAGGAUAACACAAGAGGACAUUAAGAAAACACAUGGUGGAUCUUCAGGAAGCCGAGGAUAUUACUCAAGUGCUUUUGCAAGCUCCACAAAUGCUUAUAUGCUGAUAUAUAGACUGAAGGAUCCAGCACGAAAUGCAAAGUUUCUAGAAGUAGAUGAAUAUCCAGAACAUAUCAAAAACUUGGUGCAGAGGGAGAGAGAAUUGGAAGAACAAGAAAAAAGGCAACGAGAAAUUGAGCGCAAUACAUGCAAGAUAAAAUUAUUCUGUUUGCAUCCUGUGAAACAAGUAAUGAUGGAAAAUAAAUUGGAGGUUCAUAAGGAUAAGACAUUAAAGGAAGCAGUAGAAAUGGCUUAUAAGAUGAUGGAUUUAGAAGAGGUCAUACCCAUGGAUUGCUGUCGCCUUGUUAAAUAUGAUGAGUUUCAUGAUUACCUUGAACGAUCGUAUGAAGGAGAGGAAGAUACCCCAAUGGGACUUCUACUAGGAGGAGUCAAGUCAACAUACAUGUUUGAUCUACUGUUGGAGACGAGAAAACCUGACCAAGUUUUCCAGUCUUACAAACCUGGAGAAGUGAUGGUGAAAGUUCAUGUUGUUGAUCUUAAGGCAGAAUCUGUAGCUGCUCCUGUCACUGUUCGUGCUUACUUAAAUCAAACGGUCACAGAGUUCAAACAGCUUAUUUCAAAGGCCAUCCAUUUACCUGCUGAAACCAUGCGGAUAGUGCUAGAGCGCUGCCACAAUGAUCUGCGCCUCCUCACUGUGCCCAGUAAGACCCUGAAAGCUGAAGGGUUUUUUAGAAGUAACAAGGUAUUUGUUGAAAGUUCUGAGACUUUGGAUUACCAGAUGGCCUUUACAGACUCUCAUUUGUGGAAACUCCUGGAUCGUCAUGCAAAUACGAUCAGAUUAUUUGUUUUGUUACCUGAACAGUCCCCAGGCUCUUAUUCCAAAAGGACAGCGUGCCAGAAAGCUGGGGGUGAUUCUGGUGGUAACGUGGAUGAUGACUGUGAUAGAGUCAAAGGACCUGUGGGGAGCCUCAAGUCUGUGGAAGCUAUUCUCGAAGAAAGCACUGAAAAACUCAAAAGCUUGUCACUACAGCAGCAGCAAGAUGGAGAUAAUGGAGACAGCAGCAAAAGUACUGAGACAAGUGACUUUGAAAACAUAGAAUCACCUCUCAAUGAGAGGGACUCUUCAGCGUCAGUGGACAAUAGAGAACUUGAACAGCACAUUCAGACUUCUGAUCCCGAAAAUUUUCAAUCUGAAGAACGAUCAGACUCAGAUGUGAAUAAUGACAGGAGUACAAGUUCAGUGGACAGUGACAUUCUUAGCUCCAGUCACAGCAGUGACACUUUGUGCAAUGCUGAUAAUGCUCAGAUUCCUUUGGCUAAUGGACUUGACUCUCAUAGCAUCACGAGUAGUAGAAGAACUAAAGCAAAUGAAGGCAAAAAAGAGACAUGGGACACGGCAGAAGAAGACUCUGGAACGGAUAGUGAAUACGAUGAGAGUGGCAAGAGCAGGGGAGAAAUACAGUACAUGUAUUUCAAAGCAGAACCCUAUGCUGCAGACGAAGGUUCUGGGGAAGGACAUAAAUGGCUGAUGGUGCAUGUUGAUAAAAGAAUUACACUGGCUGCUUUCAAACAACACUUAGAGCCCUUUGUUGGAGCUUUGUCCUCUCACUUCAAGGUCUUCCGGGUGUAUGCCAGCAACCAGGAGUUUGAGAGCGUCCGGCUGAACGAGACACUUUCAUCCUUUUCAGACGACAAUAAGAUUACAAUUAGACUGGGGAGAGCACUUAAAAAAGGAGAAUACAGAGUUAAAGUGUACCAGCUGCUGGUCAAUGAGCAAGAGCCAUGCAAGUUUCUGCUAGAUGCUGUGUUUGCUAAAGGAAUGACAGUACGGCAAUCAAAAGAGGAAUUAAUUCCUCAACUCAGGGAGCAGUGUGGUUUAGAGCUCAGUACUGACAGAUUUCGUCUAAGGAAAAAAACGUGGAAGAACCCUGGCACUGUCUUUCUGGAUUAUCAUAUUUAUGAAGAAGACAUUAAUAUCUCCAGCAACUGGGAGGUUUUCCUUGAAGUUCUUGAUGGGGUGGAGAAGAUGAAAUCCAUGUCCCAGCUUGCAGUUUUGUCAAGACGGUGGAGGCCUUCGGAAAUGAAGCUGGAUCCCUUCCAGGAGGUUGUGUUGGAAAGCAGUAGUGUUGAUGAGCUGCGAGAGAAGCUUUGUGAAAUCAGUGGAAUUCCUUUGGAAGAUAUUGAAUUUGCUAAGGGUAGAGGAACUUUUCCCUGCGAUAUUUCUGUCCUUGAUAUUCAUCAGGAUUUGGACUGGAAUCCUAAAGUUUCUACCCUAAAUGUCUGGCCUCUUUAUAUUUGUGAUGAUGGUGCCGUCAUAUUUUAUAGGGAUAAAACAGAAGAAUUAAUGGAGUUAACAGACGAGCAAAGAAAUGAACUGAUGAAAAAAGAAAGCAGUCGACUGCAAAAGACGGGACAUCGUGUAACGUACUCACCUCGGAAAGAGAAAGCACUAAAAAUAUAUCUGGAUGGAGCACCAAAUAAAGAUCUGACUCAAGACUGACUCUGCUAGUGUAGCAUUUUCCCUGGGGGAUUUUUGGUUUUAAUUAGAUGGUUCACUGCUACUGUGUAGUGCCAUUAUGGCCGGACAUGGUUAGGGGUAACCCAGUGACACCAGCACUGAUUGGACUGCCCUUCACCAAUCAGAAGCUCAGUGCCCAAUGGGCCACUGUUUUGACUUGGAAUCAUGUUGUGCACUAUAGUCAAAUGUACUGUAAAGUGAAAAGGGAUGUGCAAAAAAAUAAAAACAAAAAACAAAAAGCGAAACCUGCUACUAGGAAAGGGGGAAGGGGAAUGAGUACACUUCUUUUAUUGCGGACAAAUGUGCACAUAGCCGCUAGUAAAACUAGCCUCAAACAGGAUGCUCAUAGCUUCAUAAUAAAAGCUGUGCAAAGGCCAUGAAUGAAUGAAUUUUCUGUUUAUUUCACUGAUACACACAUUACCUCAUUGACAAUUUGGAAGUAAAUGCAACUGUGUGUUGACUCUUGGAAAGCAGCAAAAAUAGGAGCUGAAGAGAGAAAUUCUUAGAACCAGCCAUAACCCAGUAAAGAAUUGUGAAGUUGUGUUUUUAUUUUGUUUCAUUUUUUGCAAAGUAUUAAAACAUUAUUCUGGAACAUCAAAACGUUUCCCUUAGACCGCUCCCAGCAGGUAGCAGCUCAAAUUGCUGCAAUAUUGUAAUUAUAACUGAUUGUACUUAAGUUAUGGAUGUAGAGAAUAUGGUUCACUCGUUCAUUCAGCAUGUAAAUAAAAUUGAUCCUAUUGAGUUAUCAUAA